AUGCAGUGGAUGUCGGCCGCAAGUGACCUGCAGUACAAGUCGACACACAGUAAACGCGCGUUAGACGUUCGGAUUUCGGACCAGAUUGCUCCACCUUCCGGCGCUACUUCUACAUUCGAGUCCGGAGUCCCGCCGAGUUCGAGCCCCGUCCUCGCCGUCUCCAUUUAUACGUAUCUUUGGACGUCGCCGCCGCCGUCAGACCUGAUUUACAUUUGUUCGCUCCCGCUCGCCGAAGGUCCCCGCACCCGCACCCAUAUCCGCACCGCACUCAGACCGUCAAUUCGCGUUAAGAACCUCACGCUUUACUCGGCGCUAUCCUUGUCUGUAUCUCUCGGCCUCUACUACGAGCGUGCAAGGCGCUGGAACUGA